GGAGCGGGCAGCCUUGGGCGCCGCCAUGAGCUUCCUCAUCGACUCCAGCAUCAUGUUCACAUCGCAGAUGUUCUUUCAAGGCAGCUGUGUUUGAUCUUCUUGCCCAGCAUUCCAGGUGCUGUUCUUUGGAUUUGGGUGGCUUUUCUUCAUGCGAAAGCUCUUCAAGGAUUAUGAGGUGCGACAGUAUGUGGUGCAGGUGAUCUUCUCUGUGACUUUUGCCUUCUCUUGUACCAUGUUUGAGCUCAUCAUCUUUGAGAUUUUGGGAGUGCUGAACAGCAGCUCUCGAUAUUUUCAUUGGAAGCUGAAUCUGUGUGUCAUUUUGCUCAUCCUGGUCUUCAUGGUGCCCUUCUACAUUGGUUACUUUGUUGUGAGCAAUAUCAGAUUAUUGCACAGACAGAAACUACUUUUUGCGUGUGUUGUGUGGUUGACAUUCAUGUAUUUCUUCUGGAAGCUGGGGGAUCCAUUUCCUAUCCUCAGCCCAAAACAUGGAAUCCUGUCUAUAGAACAGCUCAUCAGCCGUGUUGGUGUGAUUGGGGUGACACUCAUGGCUUUGCUGUCAGGAUUUGGGGCUGUCAACUGUCCAUACACUUAUAUGUCCUACUUUCUCAGGAAUGUAACAGAUGCAGAUAUUCUGGCAUUGGAGAGACGACUCCUUCAGACUAUGGACAUGAUUGUUAGCAAGAAAAAAAGGAUAGCAGUGGCUCACAGAACAAUGUUCCAGAGAGGAGAAGUGCAUAACAGACCCACUGGCUUCUGGGGAAUGAUAAAAAGUGUUACAACAUCUGUUCCUGGCAGUGAAAGUAUCCUUCAUCUGCAUGCUGGCACCUGCCUUGGGAGCCUUGACUAUGUUGGCUUGCCAGAUCUGUCCCUUAUCCAGCAAGAAGUGGAUGCCCUGGAAGAAUUGAGUCGGCAGCUUUUCCUGGAAACUGCUGACUUGCAUGCAACAAAGGAAAGAAUAGAGUAUUCCAAAACUUUCCAGGGAAAAUACUUUAACUUUUUGGGUUAUUUUUUCUCCAUCUAUUGUGUCUGGAAAAUCUUCAUGGCAACCAUCAAUAUUGUAUUUGACCGUGUAGGGAAGACUGAUCCAGUCACAAGAGGAAUUGAGAUCACUGUAAAUUACCUGGGAAUCCAGUUUGAUGUCAAAUUCUGGUCUCAGCAUAUUUCCUUUAUUCUUGUUGGAAUAAUCAUUGUUACCUCUAUUAGAGGGUUGUUAAUCACACUUACAAAGUUCUUCUAUGCCAUUUCCAGCAGCAAGUCCUCCAAUGUUAUUGUUCUGCUGCUGGCACAGAUAAUGGGGAUGUACUUCGUGUCAUCAGUGCUCCUGAUCCGAAUGAGCAUGCCUCCGGAAUACCGCACCAUUAUUACAGAGGUCCUGGGAGAGCUCCAGUUCAACUUCUAUCACCGUUGGUUUGAUGUGAUAUUCCUAGUUAGUGCCCUGUCCAGUAUCCUCUUUCUCUAUUUAGCACACAAACAAGCCCCAGAAAAGCAUAUGGCCCUCUGAGGCAGAACUGCAGCCAUGCACUGCUCUCUGUCCUGUCAGCUGCACUGCUGCAGCUCCUGUGGGUGGGUUGCAGAACUUGGAGAGACAGGACUGCUCUGUGUGUUCUGGCAGUGUAACUGCAAAACUUGGAGAGACAGGAGUGCUCUGUUGUGUGUUCUGGCUCCUUGAACCUCCACACGUGUCAUCAUCAAGCUCUGUGGCUCAUUUUGUUCAGUGCCGCAGCUGGAAGGGACGGGGGUGUGUGUAUUAAACUUGAAACAGUUCGUUGCCAAGCAAUAAAAGCAAUCCUGGAUACACCACUAUCCAGGGGCAUCAGAACUUGUGUGGUAGGCUGGCUGAGGGAACACCUCCUACUGUUGGAGCAACAUCAUCACAGAAGGCACCAAGAAAUGUGAUUUUUCUUUUGAAAAUCAACUUAUAAUUGGGAUUUGGAGGAUAGCAAUUCUGGAAUUGAAUGUUUGAGUCUGUGGAAUUAAAUAAGCUUUUGUAAUA